UUAUAUUUGUGACACGGCGAUUUACUAGACUUCAUCUCAAACCUUCUCUCCGCUUUAGCACGGCUUUUAAAACAAAAUAAUAUAAUCAAAUGGGUUUACUAAGUUAUGUUUGUAUGUUAUAUUGCGCGUGUCUUAUAUUUACUGUUACCUACGUUUCGACUCAACCACAUAAAACAAAAGAACCUAUAAUCAUUACAGAUUCAAAUUGGACAAGUGUAUUGGAUGGCGAAUGGAUGAUAGAAUUGUAAGUCAUAGACUGUGACAUAGACGACAUUGACAUAGUACAGCCAGUGCUCGACUUACGACCACGAUCGGUUCCGACAGACUGGUCAUAACACGAUUUGGUGCAUAUGUUGAGUACGCUAUAUGUACAGUACAGUUGAGUAGCCGAGUACAGAAAUGUGAAGUGAUGUUCAAUGUUAUAAAAAUAUUUAAGUUGAAUUAUAUCAUACAUUUCUUUUAUUAAGUUUUAUUAUUCUAAAUUAUAAUUUUCCAAGGGAGAUGGCUCAGAUGGGAGUUCAAAUUUUCAAACUCUGAAGAGCUCUCCGAUCAACAAGCUUUAGCCUCGCUUGGGGAAGUCAAUGGACCUAGGGUUAUUGAGUGUGACCGUGUUAUUUUUUAGAAAUUUUUUUAGCAGCAUACCAUCAUCAUAAUCAUAGCACCAUGCCUCCCUUUCCUUAGUUAAGGACCGUUAAUAUAACUAGUGAUUGUGGUCGAAUGGUCGUAAGUAGCAUAGGUCGUAAGUCGAGCACUGGCUGUAAAAUUUAAUGUAAGUGUAAGUCAAGUGAGCACUAUCACCCGUGACACAAUCAUGGUAUUGUUGCCUAUGUAGCAGUUACACAUUUGCCAAGAGCUUGCCCAACCCAGGCUAAAUAGCCAUGUGAAAUGGUUUAUUAGCCACCCUGUGUGUGGCAAAUAAUUUUUGAGGAGGGAAAAACAAUUAUUGAAUGGAAGUUACUUGAGUUUGAGUGAGAAACAUACAUAACAGAACCUGGAAGAGAACUUGCAUUGAUUGUAAAUAUGACUUACUAUGCAAAAAUAUUUUUAUUACUACAUUAAACUGCAGUUUUUUGAGUAUAUUAGAUAUACUAGAUAAAAUAUAAAAUAAGGGGUUAAAGAAUGAUUUUGUAAUAAAAGGUUAUGAUCUAACCAAUCCAAUGCCCUGCCCAAUCAGCUCCAGCCUAAUGCAUUCAUAUUUAAUUUUAAAUCAAAAUCUGUUUAUUAUCUCAACAAAUUAAGAAAAGACAACUACAUCUAAAGGAGUAUUAUUGUAUAUUUGUUUAUUUAGAAAGAAGAUCACAUACCAUUUUGGCAUUCCAAAAAUAUGUCCAUCAAGCUUCACUUUGUUAUUUUUUGGCCAUUUAAAAAAAUAAUUUUUAAAAAUUUCAUCUUAGAAAGCUAACAAUAAUAAUAUAUUGUUUUCUUUGAAUAAAUUUUAUCAACUUCUGUACAUUAUUUGCACAUCUUAUUCUAGAUUCUUUAUCUUUAUAAUACUCACGGCUCAUGGCUUUUAAAAUUAAAUGAUAUCCAAUAAUAGUCAUUUGUUAUUUGCUUUUUGCUUUAGGCUCACAUGUUAAUAACAUCUGUAAUAAAAACACAAUGCACACCCCACAGGACUUAGUUAAUAUUUAAAUUGUAAAAAAUAAAAUAUUAAAAUUCUUGUCUCUCGGUUUUGAUUUUAACACUAGAAAUAACUUGUGUAUCAAUGUCUCUGAAACAAGUUAAAGAAAUAUAUAUUUUUUUUCUUUCAGCAUGGCACCAUGGUGUCCAGCAUGCAAAUCAUUCAAAGAAGUUUGGAAUGAGUUUGCUGGAUGGGGACAUGAUCUUGACAUUUCUGUUGGUGUAAUAGAUGUAACAGAAAAUCCAGGUAUGAAGUAAAAUAAAAAAAUAUAACACAUUUUAUCAUCUUUAUCUUUUAUUAUGUUCAACAAACCCAAUCCUGGCCAUGUCAUCGUCUCUCAGGUUUUUCUGUUUUUGUUAAUAACUUAUAAUUUUCUUUGUUUUUUUAGGACUCAGUGGCCGGUUUUUGGUGACAUCCCUACCAACAUUAUAUCAGUAAGUAUGAAAUGAACUUUAAAUAUCUGUUUAUAUCAUAAUUUCUGAAAGUCUGUUGUUAAAUAUUCAGUUUUUGCUGUUUUUAUAUGUAUAUGUGUGUUUGUGUUUACAUAAUAAAAAAAAAAUAUCUACCUAUAUCUAUAUAUAUAGAGAUAGAUAUAUUUUUUAUAUAUAUAUAUAUAUAUAGAUAGAUAGAUAUAUUUUUUUAUUGUAUAUAUAUAUAUAUACAAUCACUCAUAUACAUAUAAAAACACAUAAUCUGGAAUUGUACCAACAAGAAAUUACAUAUAUUAUAUCUUUCUAUAUAUAUAUAUAUACACACACAGAUAUAUAUGUAAUUUCUUGUUGGUACAAUUCCAGAUCAUUUAUUCCUUUUCCAAUUUUGUUUUUGAUGGGUUUUUUUUUGUGUGGGUACUGUAGUGUUAUUUCCCAGAAUAAAAAUUGCCUCUGUUCACAUCUUAACUCAAUAUUUCUGACAGUGUAAAAGAUGGUGAUUUCAGAUGUUAUCAAGGCAUCAGGAAGACAACAGAUCUCAUUGCCUUGAUUGAUGAGAAGAAAUGGAAUAAUAUUGAACCAGUCGCCUGGUACAGAAGCCCGAGUUCUAUUCAGUAAGUUUCGUAAUAAGUUAUAGUUGGCAUUUUGCUCCGUCCAAUAGUACAAGGAUUGUGUAUGGUUACCUUUGAUCUUUCAAUCCAUCUGAAAAAUAGUAAGAAACCAAAUUGUUCAAAACCAAUUUGUAUGAAAGAAUGUUUUUCGAACAGAAGUUUGUUUAGACUGGAAAAAAUGGAGAAAUGAAAUUUUUUUAUAAAGUUUACACUUUACCCAUUUGUGUGAGAAAAUUCUCUUGGUCUUGCUUAUGGUCGAUUGCUGACAUUGAACACACAGCUUAGUCUUGCUGUGCAUUUUAAUCCAAGAAAGAGUAUAAACUCCUAAAUGUCCAUUGUCCUCUAUAAAUGUGUUGAAGUGAAUUUAGUGUAAAUCAGGCCGGCACAACAUACGCAUGCCCAUUUUGCGGCCCACAAAGUAACAAAAUAUAAUUUAUUCUUAUUAUUUUCUUUUGGUGCGCACAAGUCCUGUCCUAUUUUCUUUUGGGGGGCACAUGUUUUUCAUAAAGUAUUCCGGCCCGCCUUACAUUUUGAGUUGUGCAGGCCUGGUGAAAAUCAUGGUAUUAAGCUUUACACAGAUUUAUAAUGAAAAUAAAUGUUAUAAAACAUCAAAAUUCAACUAAAUUUUAUUUUAAUAAGUGCUGGUUGGUUUAAAAUCAUUGGCUGAGCUCCUGGUAAUGAAAUACUCCAUCCCUAGUCUGGAAAGUGACCGUGAUAUUAAGAUCUUCUCAAUUUGGAAACAGCCCUGGUGUUAAAAAUGAUUUUUCUCCUUUGUUUCUUUUUCACAUCUAAAAAAAAUGUUGAUUUGGAUAAAAAAUUAUAGGUAGUUAAAUUCUAAGCAAAAUUUUUUUUUUUUUUUAAAUUUAAUUUAGCUAUUGCCUGGCUCCUCAAGAAACUGUCUUCACUUUUUUAAUAAAUUUACCAUUAACCUAUCACUUUGUUCUUCACUUUUUUUAAAAACUUAACAGAAUGGGCAUACUGGGUAAUUUCUUCACGGCAGCCAUGUUUAUCAGGGUAAGUAGAAAUAACAAAUUUAAAAUGGAGGAAGAAAUAAUAAUAAUAAUUAUAUCAUGGAUAUGUUUUUUUAUAAUGUCAUGAAAUUGAGUUUUAGAAAUGUGUGGGACAAUUUGAUUGAGUUUUAUGUUUUAAAGGUGGACCCAUUUACUAUUGUUAUACAAUUAGAUCAGGGGUGGCCAAACCAAAUGGCUUCACUCGCCACAUUGACAGUGAGUUUACUUUUUGCAGGCCACGUUGUAAAUACUGAACAGAUUUAAAAAAAAAAAUUGGUUGUUACGAAGUUCAAAUUGACGACAAAAAUGAAUCUUAACUAAUAAUGUGAUAAUUAUAGCGCUGUGAGCAUGCUGAAAUAGCGUCAUGAUAAUUCCUAAUCUUUUCUAACUAACCUUUUAUUAUUUUAUUUCUAAGUAAUUUUUGUCCAUUAUCCAGCGGGCAAGCACCAUUAAUGUGCUGUAGGUGCCGCCAUGCUUGAAUGAGAUUAAAAGCUACUGAAGCCAGGGUUGAUCGUGACAACCUUUAGUUGAUACCAAUGUUAAAGUCAUUUAAAGCACAAAGUAUUGCCAUUGUAGGAUAACCAUUAAAAAUUUUUGUUCCGAUGAAACAUGUAGGGUGUGUACAAUACCAUGACUGAUGUUUAUGGAAUACCAGAAUGGCUGUGCUACGUCAUCUUUGCCAUCUUGACCAUAAUUACUGGCCUGCUACUUGGUCUGGUGAGUGAAAUAUUUAUUUAUGAAUACUUUGAAUGUAAAAAAAAAUAAUAAUUUUAAGAUGUUCAUUAUACACAAAUCUGUUUUGUUUCAUGAAGAAACUGAAUGACACUUUAACUCUUAUAGUUAGUUCAGUAGGUCAAAUCCACAUUUUGACGGUCCUUAGGUCAAAUCCACGUUUAGAAGGUCUGUAGGUCAAAUCUACAUUUUGAUACAGUAAUUUUGUUGUGAUAAAAUUUGAUCCUAGGUGACCACAGACAAAUUUUCAUAACUUUUCUAGUUUUUAUGCUAAUAUAAAAUGUGAUAUAUCAAAAUGAGCUGAACAGAAUGGGCUAUGUGACAAUUAUAAUAGCUGUACUGGAAUGACACAAAUUAAAGCAUAACAGAGAAAAACUUUAUAGUUCAUAAUAAUAUGUAUUUACAAGUGUGAAAAAAACAUUGCAUCAAAAGCAUAAAAACAAAUGACCACAUGUUCAAGUGGCAUUUAGCUUUUUCAGCCUUAAAAUAAAUGCAUGUAUGCAUAACAUAAGUAAUUUCAUCAAUAUUGGAUGAAAAAAAAAAUUGAAAAAACAGUUUGAAAUCUAAUUAUAACAGCAAAAAAUGUGUAUUUCUGGUAGUGUCACUGGGUACCAGUUUUUAUAAACAGAUCUUCGAGAUGUUGUGUGCCAUUUUGAUUCAACAAGUUUUUCUGCAUAUUCAUUAAUGGAAUGUAGCAGUUCUGUAAUGAUCUCAUCAGUGAACAGAGCUUUGAAACCAAAAAGUGGUGAUGACCCAUCUGGAAUAGGAUCAGGGUUUACUCCAGGAAUUCUAGUUGGUUGUGGCACAAAAUGGAAAGAAUUCAUUGUAGUGCCAGCUUCUACUUCAUUCCAGUUUAUUUCACCUCUUUUGUUAGACCUAUUCAGUUCACUUGGUCUGUUACACAUGUUACACAUAUGGGUGAUCUCGAUCCAUCAUCAGAUCGUUUUUGUCCUUUUUUUGCAAGGGCUUGACCAGCUCAUCGUCAGCCCACUCAUUGUCAGUCAGUGUUUUCAUCAGAAGAUUGAUCAUUGCUAAAUGAAUAUUCUGAAUCUGAACUACUGGGCUCACUUUCAAAUUCAUCCUCGCUCGAUAAUUCUUUAUCUCCAUUUGUUUCUGCCCAUGAAAUUAUUAGUUUUGAAAAAUGUAAACACCGGAGGAGAAUGUGGAAAUAUUGGUUUAGACAAAAUACCAAAAUAUUUAUAUAAAAUCCCAAAAUUAAAUAGUCUCCAUGAAACGCCACAUAGACUGGCUCGCGUCAAAACGUGUCCGGUGGAAAGCCAGUUAGACUGGCGCGUUGGACUUUAAGAGUUAUAGUUAAAGUAGUUUUUUUUUCUUAUUUCACAUUCUUCCUUUUCUGCAGCUGCUUGUCCUUUGCUGUGACAGUUUUUUCCCAGCUAAGUACAUCCCCUUGCCACCAGAGCGCCUGGCCCACAAACCGAGAGAUGACCCUACUGUAAGUUGCUGAAAUUUCAAUUUACAUUCCUGAUACAUUUAAGGACAUUUAAAAAGUUUGACUCUGGCCAGAUAUGUAAUAGCCUAUAUCAGCGGUUCUCAACCUGUGAGAACCACUGGCCUAAUAUGAUGUUUGGCAACCUCUGGCCCUUUUAUGUUCAAUCAUAAUGUUGGGCUCUUGUCACUGACUCUUUUUAUAUUUAUGCUGGCCACAGUCAGUGGUUAAAUUAUACCCAGAGUUUUAUCAUUCUCAAAAACUCUCAGAAUUUGUCAAAUUUAAUUGAUAACUUUCCAGUUGAAUUUAUAAUUUUUCAUUACUGAUUGAAUUAAUUUUAUAAUUUAACAAAAUUAUUGGGAAGAUGGAAUUUAACUAAAAUCCUGGAAUAUUUAUUAUUUUUUAAUUAUAAUGCCAGGAUGAUGAUGACAUAAUAGAUGACACAGCUGAUCAAAAGAAAGGUAACCCACCUGCGACGCUGCCAGCUUCUAGUCUUUCAGGACCUGAAAACAAUUCCGACUUGAGGAAAAGACCACCUCAUAAAGAUGAAUGAAUGGAAAUUAGUUUUUUAAAAUAAAUGCUAAAUCGUUUUGUGCCUGUGAAUGUUGGCACUCAGUUGGCUUAGUUUGUUACGAGUUUCUAAAAGUAAAUUGAGGAUGAUUGACUGGGUGCCAGGAUUAACAUAUCCUGAUUAAUAAAUUAAAUUUUUAAUUGCACAAUUAUUUUAGAAAAUUGCUUUUUGUUUUAAUCAUAAAAUUCACUCAAUAAUUUAAGCUUUAGUUACUAAACAUUGACUGAAAAUUACUGUGGCCAAGAAAUUUUUAUAAUUACAAGUAUCUUCCAAUAUUUUAAUUUUUAAAACUGUGUGCUACAUUCUCAAUUUAAGAUAUGAGGAUACAUUGUUGCGGUCCACCCCCACAAGAGGUUGAAGUAGAAUGUUUUUUAAAAUCUUGGAACAUUUUUUUUUUUCCACUUUUAUUUUUAGAAAUGGAACAUUGUUUUGACACAUUUUAUUUUUAAGAAUCAAAGAAAAUUUUGAUGUGAGUAAAUUAUGAAUCUAUGUGAAGACUUUUUUUGUAUGGUAAUGUGAUGCAAACCUAAUCCACAGAAGUAAAAACUAGAUCUCAUGUCAGUUUAUUUAAUCCAGUUAUUUGAAUAAUAAGAGAAAGAUACAACACUACUUAACAAUCAAUUUGACAUACAUUCCAUUUAUUCUUAAAUUUUAAAAAAAUAGAUUUUGCAGGCUUUUUUUCUCGCUUAUGUAGCUUUAAAAGAAUCAUAUGUCCAUAAAUGAGAAUUAAGAAGACUGAUGUGUGUGCCACUGGUUUCACGAUAUCAGAAAAAAUAUUCCAAGGUUUUAUUGCUUGUGAUUUCAUUUUUAGAUGCAAAUUCUUAGAAUUAGUAUGGAAGGUUUUACUGUACAUUGCUUUCAUUUAUAACCUGUACAUAACAGUGAUGAGAACGUACAUUGUAUGCAAUUCUGCUCAUCUUAUUUAUGAGAAACAUCUGGCAGAAUGUCAUAUUUCUUGGGUAUCAGUAAAGUAACUAUAAGAGCUCCUCAAGUUAUUUCUACAGUUAUUUUUUAAAAAUAUUUUUUGUGCACUAAAUGAAUGUUGAAAAUAUAGCAGAAAAUUUUUUUCUGCGAAAAUACAUUUAUUUAUUGCCAGUCACUGCAUUACUGCUAGUGGAAUAUAUUUGGUCCACUAUUAUAUCUCACCAUUUAUUUUCAUGAAAAUACACUUUUCAGUUACGUAAUGUAAAAUGGCGUAACUUUGACUUCAAAAUUGUAACCUAAAAGGUAAAUUAAAUUGGACCCUAAAAUCAAAUCAUUUAAAAUGCAUGAAAAUGAAUUUUAAGCUGCCAGUUUGCCCUCAUGGGGCUUGACAGUGAGCUUAAGACUUGUAUUGAUAUUCUUUUCUUUGAACUGAAAUAUUUAAAACCUUUGACCUUCCUAAAAAUGCCACGUACGUUUUGUCUUCAUUUCUGAAUACUAUUUCUGCAUUCAAUCCUUUUUACUUUUUAUUUAUGAAAAUUAUGCAAAGUUAUAAAGAAUUUAUGUUUGAUAUUGUAUCAACUGCAGUACAGGGGAUGAACAGCAUUUUUUUUUGUACAUUGAUUUUUAUUCGUGCUGUGCCGUACAGCUUUUGAAAAGAUUCCUGUGAUGUACCAAACAUGAAAUUAAAUUAAGUCCCAUUAUCUUGAAUUCUGUGAAUACACAAUUGUUUUAGCCCGCAGGCAGAAGUUGGAGCUCGCAGGCAGGAGUUGGAGCUCGAAGGCAGGAGUUGGAGCUCGCAGGCAGGAGUUGGUGAUUAUAUGGUAAAGAAUAGUUGCACGUUGAUGAAGUUGAUCAACUAAAUAAUAAAAUAAAUGAUAUGUUAAUUUGUACAAGAAAGUAUUGUGUAGGUGUGUGAACAAUUUUUUCAUAUCAUAGUCACAUUGAUUUUUAAACUGCAUAAUUUUAAGCUGACACUUCCAUUGGUUUGUACAGUCAAUCUGCUUUAAAAUAAUUAACCAAAUUUUCAUUGCUCUUAUUUCAGGAAUAAAUUGUUCUGAUAUUUUCAAUUACUACUUGUGUUAAAAUUAAUAUUAUUAAUUAUCAUAAAUUAAAUUUUACCAGGAUUGGUAAUUCUUUAACUAUAAUAAAUGGUAAUUCUUUAACUAGGAUAAAUUUAAUUAUUGUUGUUAACUAUAUGAUUA